GUCCACUUGGACCAAUCAACUGACAACACGAUACAACAUUUUAAAAUGUUUAGCCAAAGCAGAGAUUUGGUAUUUCAUUAAUUCACAUUUAUCUGCCGUAGCACAACAAUAUUCCCAAGCAUAAAUAAGACCCAAAGGCCACAAUGACAACUCCGAUAUUCAGCGAUAUGGCAUGUUCCCCGAUCUGGUCCAGGAUCACUCCAUAUUUGGUCCUGCUGGCCCUGGAAACGUUUGUGGAUGUAGCCAGCGGUUUAUCGCAAGCAGAAAUUGAUAGACAUCUGGAAUUGGGUAGGGAGUACUUGGUCAAAAACCAGCUGGGAGAUGCUUUAAGCCAGUACCAUUUGGCUGUGGAAGGAGAUCCACUAAACUACCUAACUUACUUUAAAAGAGGUACAAUUUACUUGGCACUAGGUAAGCCUAAAAACGCCCUAAGUGACUUCGAUAAAGUCUUGGAACUUAAGCCGGACUUCACUGCUGCUAGAAUCGAGAGAGGCAACAUCCAUUUAAAGCAGGGUAACUAUGAUCUCGCUCAGUUAGAUUUCUACAAUGUCUUAAAAGUAGACCCAUAUAAUAUGGAGGCAAAUGAGCAUAUGCAAAAGCUUGAGCCUGCCAAAGAGAAAAAACGAAGUGCCGAAUAUUAUUAUGCCCAUAACGACUAUAACACCGCACUUCAUUACUUGUCUGAGGCCAUAGAAUUCAGCCCUUAUGCAGCGGAUCUAUACGAUUUCCGAGCGGAACUGCAUACAGCCAAUGGGGACGUUAUGGCGGCCAUUUCAGACUUAAAAACAGCCACAAAAUUAAUGGGAGAUAGUACAGAAGGAUAUUUGAAAAUUUCUAAAAUGUUAUACAACAUCGGGCAUGCCACUGAAUCAUUAAAAGCCAUCAGGGAGUGCUUGAAGUUAGAUCCAGAACAUAAGGCCUGUUUUUCAUUUUACAAGAAAAUAAAGAAUAUUGAGAAGUUUUUGACUGAUGCAGAGGUUUCUUUGGAAAAUAAGAAUUAUGCUGAUGGUAUCAAGUCAGCCCAAAAGGUGAUCAAAAAUGAAAAAGAGGUCCCAGAAAUCAUCUUUGAAGCAAAGCGCAUCCUCUGCAGCUGUUACUCCAAUGACGAACAAACAGAGGAAGCAAUAAAAGCAUGUUCUGAUGCCCUGAAGAUCAGCGAAGAUCCAAAUGUGUACUGUGAUAGAGCGGAAGCAUACUUGCAAUCAGAGCAGUAUGAUGAUGCCAUUAAAGACUUUAGAGCGGCUCUGGAAAUUGAUAAGAAUUUCGAGAGGGCCAAGGAGGGAUUAGAUAAGGCUGAAAAUAGACAGAAACAGUCUGAGAGGAGGGACUAUUAUAAGAUUUUAGGUGUAAAACGUACCGCGACCAAAAAAGAAAUCGUCAAGGCGUAUAGAAAAGCGGCCCAAAAAUGGCAUCCGGACAACUACCAACAGGACGAAAAAAUGAAAAAAAUAGCAGAAAAAAAGUUCAUAGACAUAGCGGCGGCCAAAGAAGUCUUAACCGACGAGGAGAAGAGGCGACAGUUCGACAGCGGCGAAGAUCCGUUAGACCCCGAGUCCGGCAAACAAAACAUGCACCCGAACUUCCACCAUUUCCAAAGUUUCCACGGGAGUCCGUUCCAGUUCCGGUUCCAUUUCCGUUAAAUUCCGGUUUUCGGUUGACUAUUUGUAAAUUAUUGGAUGAAUCGGUCGGUCGGUGAUGAAACAUUGUAUGUGUGUGUGUUGUGUGUGGUGUAUUCGCACAAUCAAACGGACGAUAUUUUAGCCCAUCAUCAAGCAAAAGUACCAAAAUUGCAUGAUUAAAUUAACGUAGCACGUAUGCAUUUAGUCAAGCAUAAAGUGCCAUGGCUUUUUUGUUUUUCAUUUGAGCACUACACAGUGCUUUUAACCGUCAUAGAACAAGUUACAAAGUGAAUUGUUGGCUUAGCAAAGGGCGUGUAAAGACACGGUACACUCCAGUGGGGUUUACAGGCUGUUAUAUUUGUUAGUUUCGUGGUAUGUGAACUGUUUAAUGUUUUUUUGGGACUGAAGUACAUAAGUUAUUUAAUGAUUGUAAAUAUAUAAAAACAAUAAAAGAUUUUUCCUUAAUGAGCAAA